AUGGGAAACCUCUGCCACCAGCAGCCCCCCGCAGCCACCCCCCAGCGCAGCCUGAGGAAGGCAGGGGACGGCGCGGCGCUGCCGGGGUCCCCGCUGCUCCUCCUCUUCCUCCUCCUCGCCUCCUCGAUGUCUGCUUGCAAAGGUGCACCGAUGCCAUCCCAAGGACUCGAGGCAGAUGAGGAUUUGCAUCUGUGGAAAGAGAUAGACGAUGCAUGUUCUGCCUACCUGUCCAGAGAUUCUCAGCCUCUGGUGAGUCAGACAGAGGCAUCCAGUGCACUUGAAGAACUUUGUUUUUUGGUCAUGGGAUUUCUCCAGAAACCACAGGGUUUAGAUGAAAAAGACAACACCAAAAGGUUCUUAUUUCAUUAUUCUAAGACUCAUGACUCAGGCAACUCAGACAUCAUGUCGUCUGUCCUGCAUCCUUUGCUGCAACUCGUUCCCCAGCUUAAUGAGAGAAGACUGAAGAGAUACAAAGUGGACGAAGAACUUCAAGGACCUGGGGAGAUUCAAAGCAGAGGCUACUUUUUCUACAGGCCACGCAAUGGAAAGAGAUCAGUGGAUUUUCGCUAA